AACGCGUAGAUAUUGAACUAUACUGAACAUAACAUUCGCGUGAAUUGAUGGAGAUUUCAAUAUGAGAGAACCGGUGUAGUUGUUGUUUUUUUCUACUGAACGCGUUAUCCGUCAAUAAAGUGAGAGUUAUAACUAUGAGCUAAUAACAAAAGGAUUAUAAUGACCUAAGAUAUAUCAGUACUACGUUCAGUGCUCAUCACUUAAUGUAUUCUACUUUGAUGUUUCAGCUGUAUUAUUCUCUGUAGAAGUGCUGGAUACCCAAUAGAAACCGCCAGCCUUAUAUGGAAGGCAGGCGCCUAUGCAACUCAAGAACAGAGUGGCAUAGACGCAUGGCUGAGACUUUCGCAUAAUUUAUUCGUUCUGAAGGGAACUUUUUCGUAGCGGUGUGUUGUCAUUUUUCACGUGGAAUAUGUACUCUGUCGCCGAACCCUUCCAAUGUAUUGAUUUAAUAGGUUUACCCCUACCCAGGGGCCGUAAAAUCCUUGGAUAAAGGGCCGCUAGGUGGAUAUCGGCGCCGUGCGAGUGAGCAGUCUCGCUUACUGAGGAAAUAAAUUGGAAAUGUAGUGUUUCGCUCAAAUAUACCUCAGUGAGAUUUAUUUAUAUAUGAAAGUUAAUGUUGUAUGCCGCUCGUCGUCAGUUUUAAAUGGAUUACACCACUAAAUUAUGACAACAAUAUUUUUCGGAAGUAAAAUAUAACUCCGUGUUAUACAAGGAUACAUUUAUUUCAAAAUAUCGGAAUAUUUAACUGGAUACUCAUACACUUAGUUUUUCACGACGGAUUAUUAAUUAAGUAUUUUUACACUGUUUUUGUUUUGUUAUUUCCAUUUUUCCUCCUAUAAUCCUCACGUUCCGAUGCGUUUUAUUGGAUUAAGAGUUAGGAAGGCCUGGGAUUCGGGUUUGGUGUUUAUUUUAGAGUGACCUUGACCUUGACCAGAUGACGCAGGGCGGUGGUCGCUUCGAUUUUGAUGACGGAGGGACGUACUGUGGUGGAUGGGAAGAGGGAAAGGCCCACGGGCAUGGAGUAUGCACGGGUCCGAAGGGUCAAGGGGAAUACUCUGGGGCGUGGCAGUUUGGAUUUGAAAUCUCAGGCGUUUACACAUGGCCUAGUGGCAACACUUAUCGAGGUCAAUGGUUUCAAGGAAAACGGCAUGGGUUAGGAGUAGAGACUAAGGGUCGCUGGGUUUAUAAAGGUGAAUGGACACAGGGAUUUAAGGGCCGUUAUGGUGUGCGACAGAGUACUUCGUCAGGGGCACGGUAUGAGGGCACCUGGACAACCGGCCUUCAGGACGGAUACGGAUGUGAAACCUACGCUGACGGAGAUACAUUUACAGAAGAAUGCCGAGGCUCAUACCAGGGACAAUGGUUGAGGGGGAUGCGACACGGUUAUGGCGUCCGAAAGAGUGUGCCUUAUGGUUUAGCUUCACACUAUCGACCAAAGGCUCUUCGGGCGUCACUGACCUCCCUUCGAAGCGAAAACGAGGACGAACAAGUUGUCAAAAAUCGGGAUAAAAAGCUUGAUGAAGCAAGAGGUGGGUUCGUUUUGAAAGCCCGCAGCGACGAGACACCACCUACUCGUCGUAGAUCUUUUUUCGAUAAACAGGGGAGAUCUAGUUUACGUAAAACUUUAAUGUCGGGUUUACGUUUAAAGAAACAAAAAAGCACAGGUGAUAUAAAUGAUUCCCCAAAACGUCAAACAGGUUCUGUUCGCAGCACAAUCAGCAGUCUAAGUCAUGUAAGUGCCGAAUCCACGCAAAGUGGAAUGACGAACGCAUCAAUGUACACCGAUAGUAAUUUAAGUUUUGUAAGUCAGGAUGACAUCACUGACGUCAACGUAACGGAAACGUAUAUGGGUGAGUGGAAAAACGAUAAAAGAUCAGGAUUUGGUGUCAGUGAACGAUCUGAUGGAUUAAAAUAUGAAGGGGAAUGGUUUAACAAUAAAAAAUACGGAUACGGUGUUACGACAUUCAAAGAAGGUACAAAAGAAGAAGGGAAAUAUAAAAAUAAUGUGCUUAUAUCAUCAGGAAAGAAAACUAAAUUGUUUUUGAUACGGACUUCCAAGUUGAGAGAGAGAAUAGACAAUGCAGUAUUGUCAGCUCAAAGAGGUGCGCAAAUUGCCCUACAAAAAGCGGAUAUAGCUAUUACUAGGAUGGCGAACGCUAGGGCAAAGGCGGAACAGGCUGAUCAGGCGGCCCUGAAAGCCGAGCAAGACUCGGACACAGCUAGGUUAAAAGCUAAACAAUAUGCACCAGAAUUUCACCAACCAGGCACAGACAUAAUCAAGAAAAAACUUAUGGAACAGAACCAUAACGGUCAACCAAUAGAUGAACACUAUGACUUCAGCCAUAUGGAAAUGCAGCAGAACCACAAUCCGCAUCAGCGCUCAAAAUCCAUGAUGAUGCGGAAUGAGGACGGUACACGGGGCUUAUCGCCCUCCAUGGCCAUGGACCAAGGAUUUGGUCCGAGUAGAAAAACUAGUGCACAGGCGGAUUUUAAUUAUUUAAGUGUUAACAAUCCUUUGCUACAAACGACGCCAAAUUCCCUCAACCCUUCUCAAGAAACUGUGAUUUCCAAUCAUUCUUCGCAUAACCGGAGUCCUUCAUUAAAAAUAAGACGGUAUAGCUUUUUAGCUGGCUCAAGAAGAGGGCGUGGCUUUAGUGAAUUAUUUAAUUCCACUAUUUUAAAUGACCAUUUUGAUCAGUAUUCGGCUCAACAAGACGACAGUGGCCUAGGAAGGGAUUUUCUAACCCCGCAGGACCGCGUUUCCAAUCGUGUACACCCCAGUGAUACUUCUCCAGAUUCCGGCGUCUCGGAGGGCGUGGACGAAGGGGCUCGCCCUUUUACUCGCCGUAGAACUCUACCAUGUAUAGUUAAAGGCGAUGAAAACAGCGCCAAAGCAGCAGUAAAAGAACAGGCUCAUAGCAGUGAAAAUUUAGCUAGAAAGAAUCCAGAAACUUACAUCAUAGAAAAUGGUAUUAGAAAAAGGGUAAAGGGGGUUACACGAAAUCCACAGCCAACAAACAGAGCGUCCUCUAGAAGUGAUUUACCAAAUGAGUAUAGAAUUGAAAGCCAAAAUCCAAUGGCAAGGGCGGGUAAGCACGGUAGUCUUCCAGAUAUCACUGCCAUUCAAAAGACAGAGAAGCCUUCUAUGACAAGAGAGGAGGCUUAUAAAUUAAGCACCGCCCGAAGGGAGGAGCUUCGCAGACUCCAAGAUUUAGCAGAGAGGCGCCGACAGGGAGAUGUAACUGUUAUUCUAGGAGAUUUAAGGGAUUUUGUGCAGCAAAGACAGCUAUUAGUUUUGGUUAUAGCAUUGAAUUUGAGUUUAGCUACAAUGUUCUUCAACCUGCUGUCCUGAGCAGAAGAGUCGUUUGGUCAUUCCUACCCAUAAUUCCCUGAUUUUGGAGGAUUUCUUGUCAUGUCACGUGACAUGGCAAAAGUGUUGAGGUUCCAAUGUGGCGUCUUGCCUUUGGAAGGAAUUUGGACGAGAGGAGAGCUUUUGAUAAAUAUGAUGUCCAAUUUAUCGCACGAGUUGGUGUCAGAAGGAGGUUGUGAGAAUUUUUUUCAUACAGAAGAUGUUCGAACUUGUUAAUGCAAUGCAAAGAAUGGCAAAAUAUCUUGGUUAAUUCCGAGUGAAAAAAUAGUUUGCUUCGAAAAUGUAAAUGGAAGGUUUAUAUGGAAAGAAGGAAAAAUAAUUUCACAUUGCAUGAAAUACCUUGGAAAUGUGCUUAGUGAUUGUUUUGAAACAGUAGGAAAUUUCCAUGUACAAGAAAAUCAUAAAUGGCCAGUGUAACUGGUCAUUCAAGAACGAACAAUGCGAGCAAUGGAAUUUUUAGACCAAAGAUAGUGAAAAAUAUUUACAUCAUUACUUUGUUAUUCGUUCAAAGCACAGCGAAACCUUUAGCUUCACGUGCUAAAUUAAAUCGUUUGCAAACACGAGCACUUUCAGCCAGUUAAUAUACCUCCAAUUUGCUUUAUAUGAUAAGCUAUAUAGUUUGGUUAUUUUCCAGUUGACCACGUGAUUUCAUUUACUCCAUUGUAUCAACACCAAUUAUCAUUUAUACAGUCUCAUGUUUUUUUCUUACCAAGUUUGUUGAAUGAAUUGUUAUAAUCUAUUAUGCAAAUAUUUUGUAGAACUCCAGUACUCGGAAGUGAAAUCAUUUUACCCUUGCCCGAUAUAGAACAAAAUAUAUAUAGUAUUUUGAAAAAAAAAUUGUAGAUUUACUAGAUUUAUUUUAGAAUAUUGAUUAUAGUGUUAUAUAAUUCAUAUAUCAGAUACAAUAAUUAUUUCAAUAGAUUUAAACAAAUUAAUAUUUCCAGAUAUCUUUAGAAACAGUUUCCUUAUACUAUAUAAGUAUUAAUAUAAAAUCAUAGUUAAUAUAAUAAUAUGGAACGCCUGUAGUAAUGUUAUUUCAAAUAUAACAUAUCUGAGUAAAAUUUAAAGUUGUUGGACAAUCAGUUUCAAACAAAUCUUAUAUCAAAAUCUUUUCUU